GAGUCUCUGAGAAGAAGACGCAAAGAUGAAAAAAAUGCCAGGCAAAAAUGAUUUUAUUUUAAAUGUUUUCGGAAAGGCGGUUCGCGUCUUUUCAGAUUCCCUGAACUGAUCAUCUCCAAGGUAUCACUCAAGUUAAAGAGAUGGGACUUUUUUUCUCCCCCGCCCUUCUCCACGCAUCAGUGGAACAGGAGGGAGGAGACGGAGGAGAGAAGAGGCAGGGAGGCGAAAAAGUGACAGAAGCAAGAGAGAAAGGGAGAGGGAUGUGGAAGGAAGGAAGCCAGGAAGGCAAGAGCAGAGGGGUGCUCGGCGUGCUGGAGAGCCUCCGAGGUCCGCCCGCCCGCAGGCGCCGGGACCCGCAAGGGCGGCGCAAGACUUCCCCGGCGCGCAGUCGGCGGCGCGGCCCCGGGAGCAGGCGGCACGCACCGCUGUCCUCCCGCUCCGCGGGGUCGCCCUGCCCUCCCGCGCCCCGGGGCUGGGGGCGCCACCUUGCCGGCGGCGACUGCGGCAGGGAACGCCGGGGGUGAGUGUGCGGAUCGCGGGGAGCCGGGAGAGCGCGUCACGCCCGCAGCUGGCGCGCAGGUGGGGAAGGGGCGUGGGGACGAGGGGAGUGGGCGGCCGGACAGCGCCUGCUCUGCGCGGAAACGCUGGGAAGCCGGCGCCAAGUCCUUUCCCACACUACUUUGAUCCCACGGCGCAGGAAUGCAAGAAUUGCCCUUUCCCUUUCUGCCCGCAACCUCUGCUCCCUGGGGGCGAAGUUUCGUGGUGCUGGGCGGAGACAGUGGUCACGGCUGGGAGGAAGGGAGGUGCCUGACCCGGGCCCAAGGGCGAGGGGUGCCGGUCCACGCCGGCGAGACCCCACUUAGGGCGCAGGCACCUUGGGGAGCCGCUGGGGUGGAGAGAGAGGGGGCACGAGCCAGAAUCCAGCAGUGGAAGGACGGGAGCGUCUUCUAAUCCACCCGUCGGUGGGAUCUUGGGAGGAUUCGCGGGGGGGCGGAGGAGUUUAGAGGAGAAUGAAUUGGACUGUGAGCCUUUCAUGAACUUCUCAAAAGAGCAGGAACAUGAGGCAAAAUGGUGAGGAAAACCCACAAUUCAAACUACCACAACGUGGUAUCUAUUUUUCAGCUAUAUUAAUCUUUUAAAACAAGGAAAAUGGAUUUCUUAAAUUCAUCUGAUCAAAACUUGACCUCAGAGGAACUGUUAAACAGAAUGCCAUCCAAAAUUCUGGUGUCCCUCACUCUCUCUGGGCUGGCACUGAUGACGACAACUAUCAACUCCCUUGUGAUUGCUGCAAUUAUUGUGACCCGGAAGCUGCACCAUCCAGCCAAUUAUUUAAUUUGUUCCCUUGCGGUCACGGAUUUUCUUGUGGCCGUCCUGGUGAUGCCCUUCAGCAUCGUGUAUAUUGUGAGAGAGAGCUGGAUUAUGGGACAAGUGGUCUGUGACAUUUGGCUGAGUGUUGAUAUUACCUGCUGCACAUGCUCCAUCUUGCAUCUCUCGGCUAUAGCUUUGGAUCGCUAUCGAGCAAUCACAGAUGCUGUUGAGUAUGCCAGGAAAAGGACUCCAAGGCAUGCUGGCAUUAUGAUUACAGUAGUUUGGAUUAUAUCCGUUUUUAUCUCUAUGCCUCCCCUAUUCUGGAGGCACCAAGGAACUAGCAGAGAUGACGAAUGCGUCAUCAAGCACGACCACAUUGUUUCCACCAUUUACUCAACAUUUGGAGCUUUCUACAUCCCACUGGCAUUGAUUUUGAUCCUUUACUACAAAAUAUAUAGAGCAGCAAAGACUUUGUACCACAGGAGACAAGCAAGUAGGAUUGCAAAGGAGGAGGUGAAUGGCCAAGUCCUUUUGGAGAGUGGUGAGAAAAGCACUAAAUCAGUUUCGACACCCUAUGUGCUAGAAAAGUCUUUAUCUAACCCAUCAACAGACUUCGAUAAAAUCCAUAGCACAGUGAGAAGUCUCAGGUCUGAAUUCAAGCACGAGAAAUCUUGGAGAAGGCAAAAGAUCUCAGGUACAAGAGAACGGAAAGCAGCCACGACCCUGGGAUUAAUCUUGGGAGCAUUUGUAAUAUGUUGGCUUCCUUUUUUUGUAAAAGAAUUAGUUGUUAAUAUCUGUGAAAAAUGUAAAAUUUCUGAAGAAAUGUCCAAUUUUUUGACAUGGCUUGGGUAUCUCAAUUCCCUUAUAAAUCCACUAAUUUACACAAUCUUUAAUGAAGACUUUAAGAAAGCAUUCCAAAAACUUGUGCGAUGUCGAUGUUAGCUUUAAAAAUGUUUAUUAUUGAAGGGGGAGGUUUUGAGGGGAGCAGUAACUAAAUGAAUGCUAAAUAAUAAAACAUUUAAGCUUUUAGAGGAAAAUAUACGAAAACUGCUAACAUGAUAAGGCUAUAAUUUAUGUUUUAUUAUCAAUGUGAAUGUAAAACUUAUUUAUCACCAUUAUUCUAGGGUACUCAAAAUUAGAAAAUAAUUUAUGUAGGUUAUAGACAAUAUUUUGCCUAUGCAAUGUUCCUAAAAAGUUAACUGGAAAAAAGUAAUAUGCAUACAUAUAUACAAUAUUAAUGACAGUGAUUUUCCAUGUUUAUUUCUUACAAUAAUUAUAGAGGAGAUUUCAAUGAACAACACACCUCCCUUCCUAAUUUCGAUCUAGUCCUAUUGUUUUAUAAUAUAAUCCUACGAUUUUGUAGAAGAAAAUAUAAUUCACCACCAAGCACACGUUUCUCCUAUCUCCAUUCUUGUCCCUUCUCCAUCUUACCCUGAGCAAAAGGGAGGGGGAAGGAGGCCACGCUUACUUAGUAUGACGGAGAAAAUGUAAAAAAGCCAGAGACUGAAAUUGUCCUUGUGUUAGGUAGUAAAAAGUAAUCAUAAAGUGAGUUAGGUACAGCAAAAUAAUCUGAUACUGAAUUUGUGCAUAUUUAAUAUGCUUGUUUAGUAUAAACUUCUAGAAUAAUAUCAUCUUAUCCAUAUAUUAUCAGUAUUUAAAAUCAAAGCCUUACCUUAGUAUCCGUAACUCAGCAAAGGAGCAUGGGUGACGUUGGUAUACUUGCUCCUUGUGUACUUAGGAGUCAGAUUUAAGGUACUAAAUAUCAUAGGUCACUGACCACAGUUGUAAUAUUCAUAACAUCUUUUUAAAAAUAUAAAAUGCUUUUCAUUUCUGUUCAUGUUGAUAAGCUGAGUUACUAACUAAAUUGUCUGUGAUACUCUGCACUGCAGUGUUUCCAUACCUUUGGUUUGAAUAUUAUUUCCCCUUUAUUAGGCAGAAUAUAAUGGGAAUUUUUAGAACUUUCCCUUGACUUUAAAACAUUUCUAUUUUUCCAAUUGGUAGAAAUGAACAGGCAAAAAGGCUCACAUUGCACUUAUUAAUAAAUGUACAAAUAUAUAUAUAUAUAUAUAUUUGUAAUUAGUCAUUCUACUAGUUCAGUGAGCCACAGCAAUUCCAUAAGUUUUUCUUCCAUAUUUAUAUAAGGAUUUGGAAACAACAGAACCAGGAGUUUGAGAGGAUUUUAUUUUGUUUGAACCAGCAAGACCAUAGACUACCAUUCAGAAGACCUAUCAUCAACCAAGAUUGUUUGAAAAACAAAAUAUACCUUUUUUUUUAAGUUGUACCUUCAUGUGUAUUGUAAAUAUUCCUUCCUGGCGGUGUACUUCAGAGUACAUUACAUCAAUUUUAUGUAUAUAUAUCUGUGACAAAUUACUCUCAAUCUAACAAACGUUUACAGAGUUCCCAUUUUAUACAAGGCAUGGAGACAUACACUAGAUAGAAGAUACAGGAAAUAAUAAAAUACAGUUCUUUUUCCCCAGUAUUUUUACAGUCUAAAAGGAGAAACAAGAAAAAAUUAAAGCUGUAAUAGAAAAGAGCAAACAAAAAUCCGGCACGGAAGUUGUUUACACAGUUAUGAUGGUGCAGAGGAAAAACUGAUCACAUCUUGUUUAGAAAAAUCAGAAAUAUUUCAUAAAGAAUGUAUCUAGAACACAUGUCAAGUAAACAGAACUGGGGCAAGAGAAAAGGAAGAGCACACUCCAGGUGGUGGCAACAUCAGGGUGCAAACUGCACCAUGCAAGUCUUUGGUAAGGCAUGUUCAUGAAAUAGCAAUGAGUUUGGCAGCUGUUUAGCGCAAUAGAGGAAAAGGAGAUUAAAAGAAAAAAUGGACAACUUCGGGGCUGACUUGAGCGUCAGAAAAAGAAGUCUACAGCCAGCUUCACCGCUAAUGAUGGGUAAUCACUGAUACUUUUUAGCAAAAAUAUUACAAGUUUAGAGCAAAUCUAAACACAACAGAAAGAAAGAAAAAUGUAUCUUUCUCAGUUCCAUCAGUUAUUAUUGAGAUAAUGGCAUCCUGUUAGAAAGCAAAUCAAUAAUCCAGGCUAGAGGUGGCGAAGUCCUGAACUUGAUUCCAGCAGUGGGAAUAAAAAGAAAGAAACAGAUGAAAGAGGGCACGAAGCAGUACAGUCCUCAGGCUACAACAAAUUCUUUAAUAAGCAAGCAGAGGAAGAGAGUCAUGAGUCACUGAGAUAAUGUCCUUAACCAAAUGAAGAAGCCAACAGAAAGGGCUUGUUGGUGAAAUGGUUAGUUACUUCUUUUUUGGGUAUGUUACAGGUGUCAAAUAUAGAUACACACACACAUACUUGGCACCUAUAACAAGCAUAGCAAUAUAAGGAUUUAUAUAUUUAACUCAUAAGGUAGAAGGAAAAAAUAUAAAUAUCAUAGAAAGUAGUUAAAUAUUAGAUAAGGAAGAGUUGCCUCCUGCUAGAAUUUUAAAUAUACUGGCACCAGAAAAUUAAGUGAAGAUUUAAUUUUUCCUCCACUCCUCUAAAACUUACGAUGCAAGGCAUGGAAAAGAGACCAAAGAAAGACAGAAAUUCACACUACUAAAAACUAAAUGUAGUCCCAUACUCUACCAUUAGACAUACCCAUGUAAAAAUCAUGCUUGCGAAUUCAUUUCUGCUUGUGAAACAUGGUCUGAAUUGUAGGACUGGUUUAAGCAUAUGGAUUGUCUCGGUUAAUUGAUUUUUGGGUUUUUUUUUGUUUUGGUUUUGUUCGGUUUUACAAUAAAUCCACAGGGUCAAAUCUAUAGCACAAUUUAUUCAAGUCCCAGCAUCCUUAAGUAGGGCCAAUUUCCAUUGUAAAUCUCCAAAACCAGAUUCCUUUCUCUUUGCAGUGAUUUUGAUUCCACCCUCACCUAUCCCCAGCUUGCCCUAAGUGGUAUGUCCCUUGCUUAUAUCAGUAUGUCAGUUCCAAAUUUUAAAAUUCCCUUAGCACAGCAUAAUCCCCGUAAUCGCAGGCUCAAAGUUAAGCUUGUCCCUUUGUACCCAAAGAGUCCUGUGUCAAAACUAAAUGGAGAAUUAAUUGGAAGCCAAUUACCAGGCAACGCAUUGAUUUGUUCCACCAAAUAGCAUGAAAGUAGAGAUUAGCAUAAGCUUAUUGCUGAAGUGCAUUCCUCUACUUCAAGGAAGAAACCAUUUCCUCAUGACUUUAUACCAGACUAUUUUUAACUUACAGGUCAGAGAAUUAUGUUUACUGCUUUACAGUACAAAGGAAGCAAGAAGAAACUUUCCUUACCAUAUCCCAAAGUCCUUCAAAAGUAAUCCUGCUCAAUUCAACAUGCGUUCAUAUUAAUUUGCUUCAGAAAAUGUGAACUAAACUCUAGACUCUAGACUGUAAUAACUAAAUAACUGAAAUGGUUAUAUUCAGACCCUUAUUUUGCCAAAAAAUAUUUCUGAAAGCAACUAAUAUUUUUGUUAUCAAUAAAGUAAAUAUUUUCUCAUGA